GCUUAGGACUUCAUGCAUGGAUGACUUCAUGCGGGAAAACUUGUUGACAUAUUCGAAUUGUAUCUCCAAUUGCAAAGAUUGUGGUGUUGGUUUUCAUAUGAAAUAAGGAUUUUUAGUAAUCCAGGUAUCCCUGAUCUCUGGAGAUCCUCUUCGCCAGUGUCCAUGGAGUCUGAGGGGACUGAAUCCCCGCUGUCGGGCCUGGUGCCUGUAGCGGAAGUCUUCAACUCCAUCCGGGAGCGCACAAUCGCAGAGAACAGCAUGGUGGUCCUGCUGCAGGGUCUGCAGGGAGAGGUGACCACGGUGGACCUGAGAAACGAGUGCACAGCGCGGGGCCGCGUGGUCAACGUGGACGCUUUCAUGAACGUACGUCUGAAGGAUGUGCUGUACCGAGACAGACGGGGUAAGCUCACCCGGCUGCAGGACCUGUUUAUCACGGGCAGGAACGUCCGCUACGUCCACAUCCCAGACCACAUGGACAUAAUGAAGACCAUACAGAGCCAACUGGCCAAGAUCCACCGCGUCCGCAACUUUGCCAGUCAUGGAGGAGGCAGAAAAGAGUACUCCAAGAAAAAAUAAAACUUAUUGUCUUUUUCCUAGAAGAAUACAAAACUCAGUUGGGUACUGGUACUUUAAAACAACCAGCAGUUUUUUUUUUUUUCCAGAUUUGAAGACAAGCAUCACACGAGAUCAGAAGUUUCCAACCUGAAGGGUCACAAAAUGAUUCAAGGGAUGACAACGAAAGAAUUAUUUCAGUUACGCAAAAAUACAUUGUUUAUCUGACUGAACUGCUCACAUCUCACGACCUGUGAUGAGGGGUCAUAUAGCCUUACAGAUUCUUUCUAGGGCUGCACCUAACUAUUUUGAUUAUUAAUGGAUCUGCGGAUUACAGACUGUCAAAUUUCCAAGAGCAAAAUGGCAUCCUGAUGAUGUCUCGUUAUAUCUGACAAAACAAAGCUAUUAAGUUUACAGUGAUAAACAGUAAAAGCAGCAAAUAAGGAUAUUUGUGAAGCUGGAACCAGAGAAUGUUUUGGCAUUUUUGGUUAAAAAAAAAUGACUGAAACCAUUAAUCGAUGAUUAAAUUGAUAGUAGUAAUAGUUUCUUUCAAUUGAUUAAUCAGCUUAUUGUUGCAGCUCUACAAAAAAACAAUCAUUUUUGAUGAACCACUGGACGAGCUAAUGAGUUGAACACUGUCUUUGUGUUUUGGUAAUUGGGUUUGAAGUUUGUAAUUGACACAAUGUGGCUGUCCAUUUAUUUUUGAAGAAGUAAGAACUUUUUUUUUGUAAUACAGACAGGAAUUAUGAAUAAAGAUGCUUAUUAACUCA